GUGUACUGGCACGCCAGUGCCCACAUACUAUUGGAGGCCAUGGAACUUUACUAUGGAGGUCAUCUGAGCUACGGCCCACCCAUUGAGAAUGGCUUUUAUUACGACAUGUUCAUUGAAGACAGAGUGGUGUCCAGCAGUGAGUUGUCUGCCCUGGAGAACAUAUGUAAAACUAUCAUCAAAGAGAAGCAACCCUUUGAAAGAAUGGCAGAAAGAGACUCACUCCUGGAAAUGUUUAAGUACAAUAAAUUUAAAUGCCGGAUUCUGAAGGAGAAAGUCAACACUCCAACAACCACUGUCUACAGGUGUGGUCCAUUAAUUGACCUUUGUAAAGGCCCCCAUGUAAGACACACUGGAAAAAUUAAAGCCAUAAAAAUUUUCAAGAAUUCCUCAACAUAUUGGGAAGGCAAUCCUGAGAUGGAAACAUUGCAGAGGAUCUAUGGAAUAUCCUUUCCUGAUAGCAAAAUGAUGAAGGGCUGGGAGAAGUUCCAAGAGGAAGCCAAGAGCCGGGACCACAGGAAAAUCGGGAAGGAACAAGAACUUUUCUUCUUCCAUGACCUGAGCCCUGGAAGCUGCUUCUUUCUCCCAAGAGGGGCCUUCAUUUAUAAUACACUUACAGAUUUCAUCACGAGUAAGUUAGAGGAAUAUCACAAGCGUAACUUCACUGAAGUGAUCUCUCCUAACAUGUACAACAGUAAACUCUGGGAAACCUCGGGCCACUGGCAGCAUUACAGUAGCAACAUGUUCACCUUUGAUAUUGAAAAGGACACUUUUGCCCUCAAACCCAUGAACUGUCCAGGGCACUGUUUAAUGUUUGCCCAUCGCCCACGAUCCUGGAGGGAAAUGCCCGUUCGAUUUGCUGAUUUUGGAGUUCUUCACAGAAAUGAACUGUCAGGAACUUUAAGUGGCUUAACCAGAGUUAGGCGCUUCCAGCAGGAUGAUGCUCACAUCUUCUGCAUGGUGGAGCAGAUUGAAGAAGAAAUAAAGGGGUGCUUGCACUUUUUGCAGUCUGUUUACUCAACGUUUGGCUUCUCCUUUCAAUUAAACCUGUCAACACGGCCUGAGCACUUCCUAGGAGAGACUGAGAUGUGGGAUGAGGCUGAAAGGCAACUGCAGAAUAGCUUGAUGGAAUUUGGAAAACCAUGGAAAAUGAGCCCAGGAGAUGGAGCAUUCUAUGGCCCUAAAAUUGACAUAAAAAUUAAAGAUGCUAUUGGCAGAUACCAUCAGUGUGCUACAAUUCAGCUGGACUUCCAACUGCCUAUUAGGUUUAACCUCACAUAUGUUAGUAAAGAUGGGGAUGACAAGAGCAGGCCCGUGAUCAUUCACCGUGCCAUUCUGGGAUCCGUGGAAAGGAUGCUAGCCAUUCUCUCAGAGAACUACAGCGGGAAGUGGCCUCUCUGGCUGUCUCCUCGACAGGUAAUGGUCAUCCCUGUGGGUCCAACUUGUGAAAAUUAUGCACUUCAGGUGUCCAAGGAAUGUUUUCAAGAAGGCUUUAUGGCUGAUGUGGACUUAGAUGAGAGCUGUACACUAAAUAAGAAGAUACGGCAUGCACAGCUAUUGCAGUAUAAUUUUAUUUUGGUGGUUGGUGAAAAGGAAAAGGUAAAUAAUGCAGUAAAUGUUCGAACAAGAGACAACAAAAUUCAUGGAGAAAUUCCAAUAGCUUCUGUCAUUGAAAAAUUGAAGAACUUAAAAAAUUCACGCACUCUGAAUGCUGAGGAAGACUUUUGAAGUCUGCUCCUUGUACUUCUACAUUUUCUUGAGAACUUAAGAUAUUAGUACUUCUAAGAACCUUUGGGCCACUGAUAGGCCACUAAUGA